GCUGCCCACACAUCCUCCCUGUCCUUCUCCAUCCACAUCCACUCCCACUCGCCAGGGCUGCACAUUCCUGAGGGGCCACGUGGCUAGGUACCAGCUCCCCCUCUGGCCACCUGCUGCCCGGGCGCCCACCGGAUGCCACGCAGCCUGGAGCCCGGGCGCGAGGUCGGAGCCCCGGGACGCCGCUUGGCACAGCCCGCGGGUCGGUGCGCGCGCCGGGGACCUGCCGCAGCGCCUGCGCCCCGGGAGCCGGGCUGGUGACCCCGGGGACCGGGAGCCCGGCGCGCCGCCAGCGAUCCACCUGCGGAGCCGCCUCCGAAGGCAACUCGGAACGGAGCCCUGCGCCCCAGCCACCCGGGGCUGCAAGAGCGAUGACCCGAGAGCCUGCGGCCGCGGGGUCCCGCCUGCCCGCCGCCUCCCGAGGCCCCCAGCCCCCGGCCUAGGCCGCCGCUCAGGUCGGCGCCCGGGCGGCCCGGCCCGGGGACUCGAGGCGGGCGGGCGGGGAUGAAGGCGGGAAAGGGGAUUUGAAACCGUGAACCCGGGCGGACGUGGGGAGCCGGCGCGCCCCUCGGGCAUGGGCCAGGCGGGGUGAGCGCGGGCGGCCGUCGGGCCUCGCCAUGGCCGGCCGGGGGUGCGGCUGCUGCCCGGGCCCCCUGAACGAGGACAACGCGCGCUUCCUGCUGCUGGCGGCGCUCAUCGGGCUCUACCUGCUGGGCGGCGCCGCCGUCUUCUCGGCGCUGGAGCGGGCGCCCGAGCGCCAGGCCAAGCAGCGCUGGGAGGAGCGCCUGGCCAACUUCAGCCGCAGCCACAACCUGAGCCGCGCCGAGCUGCGCCACCUGCUCCGCCACUACGAGGAGGCCACCGGGGCCGGGGUCCGCGUGGACAGCGCGCGCCCGCGCUGGGACUUCAUCGGCGCCUUCUACUUCGUGGGCACCGUCGUGUCCACCAUAGGCUUUGGGAUGACAACUCCAGCCACCGCGGGAGGGAAAAUCUUUCUGAUCUUUUACGGCCUCGUUGGGUGCGCGGGCACCAUCUUGUUCUUCAACCUCUUCCUGGAGCGUCUGAUCACCGUCAUCGCCUACACCAUGAAGCUGUGCCACCAGCGGCGGCUGCAGAAGCUGCCCCCAGAGAGCCAGGGCAAGGUGGAUGGGCUGGCGGGCUGGAAGCCCUCGGUCUACUACGUGAUGCUCAUCCUCUGCCUGGCCUCUCUGCUCCUCUCCUGCUGCGCCUCGGCCAUGUACACCUCCUUUGAGGGCUGGAGCUACUUGGACUCGCUCUACUUCUGCUUCGUGGCUUUCAGCACCAUCGGCUUCGGGGACCUGGUGAGCGGCCAGAACGCCCAGUACAACAGCCCCGGCCUCUACCAUCUGGCCAACUUCGUCUUCAUCCUCACGGGUGUCUGCUGCAUGUACUCCUUGUUCAACAUCAUCUCCAUCCUCAUCAAGCAGUCAGUCAACUGGAUCCUGAGGAAGCUGGGGGGUAGGUGCUGCCGACUGUGUCGGCGGGGACUUCUGCAGCCCCGGAGGAACGUGGUCACCCCGGGGACCCUCCAGAACCGCCGCCACGUCUCCAUCGAUACGGACGGGGUGAUGGAGAGCGACGCGGACGGGCGGCGGCUCUCGGGGGAGAUGAUCUGUAUGAAGGACUUCCUGGUGGCCAACAAGGUCUCACUGGCCAUCCUCCAGAAGCAGCUGUCAGAGGCAGCCAACGGUGGCCCCGCCUCCCGGGACCAUGGGUUCUCAGGGGGUGUGGGCGCCCUGGCCAUCAUGAACAACAGGCUGGCAGAGACCAGCGGCAACAGGUAGAAGCAAGGACUGGACAUCAGGCACCUCCAGGUCCUGGAGGCAGUGGACGAUGGCAGGAAGAGACUGCUAUUCACUUCAGCUCUGUGCCAGGGAGCUGACUGUUCCUCGAACCUCAAAGCUGGCAUCAGAAACCGUAUCUUCUUUCCUCCAGUAGACAGACACCUGCCGGGGCUGUGGCCACCUGAAUGCUUCCCCUUCCCCUCUAUCUUGAUUUUUUAAGUUGAAUUUAAUCUUUUAAAAAUGAAUCAUGGAAGUGACCUAA